AUGUCUCCUUCGACUUCAACUGGACAGAUUAGCUCUCUCCCUGCCGAAGUCUUGCUUGAUAUUUUUCAGGAAUAUCUGAAGCCAGGUCCUGUGCUUCAUCUUCAAGGUUCAGAAUGCACGUUGCCAGCCCUGACCCCAAAGGACAUCGAAUACAUUCCAGGCCGUGGCGAAAACUCCCCCUUCGUUAUUGACCAAGUGUGCGGGACAUGGCGGCAACUCGCCCGAGGCGACUCGCGCCUUUACACUGACAUUCACGUGGUCAAUCCGACACCGAAGGACGUCAGUCGGGUGCGCACUAUGCUGCGGUUAUCCAAGGACAGGCCUCUGCGUGUCUUUUUGGAAGUUCACCAGGAUUGGAUUCAUGAAAUGGAGGUGACCCCGCGCGGAUUUGUCAAAACAAACCAUCCCGUCGCGUGGCACCGGAUUAUGAAGCUGGUAUUCGACAAUGCGCAUCGAGUGGAGCAGCUUUACCUACAGAUUCCAUUGGUCGGUCGUCCGCAAACCCGAAUGUAUGCUGAUGCCCUUCGGGUGAACAUCAAUUGGGAUGCUCUCGCCUUUCCCGCGCUUACUACUCUCCAUUUCCACGAUGAAGUGCAUCCAUUUUAUAUGCCGGAAAUGUCGUUCUACAAAGACCUCCUCACCCGCGCAUGCGCGACAUCAACAAGGCUCACCGAUAUCCGCCUCGACCCAACGUUCACCAUUUGCCACAUCAGCCCAUGGGGCCCGGAUGACGGGCUGAGCCCCGGUGCUUCGAUGAUCCCCUGGAAGAACCUCACUUCGCUAACGAUCAGCGUUGACACUUGGAAGGAGAUGAUGGCGGUAUUGCGCCAAUGCCCGUUGCUCCAGGAGUUGUACAUGCAAUCGCGAAUCUUGGAUUCAGAGGAUCGAGUUUGGGAACCAGUUUCUCUCCCCUCCCUUUGGAGUCUAGUCAUUGAGGGGGAUGAAUGCAUAACAAAUUAUUUCCAGCCUCUUUUGUAUCUCAAGGCACCGGCCCUCAAAUCUCUUUCCCUCCAGCACCCGACAGGGAGAUGCAUCUUUCCCCACUAUGUUAAUGUCCCGAGUCAGAGCAAGGAGUUCUUAGCUGCUCUCACCGCCUUCCACAGGCUCAAUCCUGAAUGCCGGAUCCAUACCUUCUCGAGUUUCCAGAGAUGGGGACCGCGGGAUCUGGGAUACCUCCAAAUCCUCUCGCAUCCCGUCUUCGAGGACCUCAGGUCAUUCAAGACUAAUGAUGUGGUUGGCGAGAAGACACUCAAGUGGAUGACAUGGGACAAAACUUCCAAUGAUCCACCAGUUUUACCCAAGCUCCACACCUUUUCGGCCCACGUUAAGGCGAACGACGGGGUUUUGUCGAGGAUGGUUGCUUCUCGGGUGCUGGAUGCCCCGCAGCCCGUUUUGACACGGGUUCGCGCCGUGCUUGACAAGUGUUCCAAAUAUACCGAUCUCAAGGAGGAUCGCGAAUGGGCGAAUCGGCUUCGCCCCUCGAUGGUAUCCCUCGAGUACAUUCGAAGAUGUCCGUCCCAUACUUAA